AUGAGAAACCACAGUGUUGUUUCUGAGUUCAUCCUCCUUGGGCUGUCUGCUGACCCCCAGAUCCAGGCUCUGCUCUUUGUGCUGUUCCUUGUUAUUUACCUCCUGACCCUGAUGGGGAACCUGAUGCUCCUGCUGGUGAUCAGGGCUGAUUCUCACCUCCACACCCCCAUGUACUUCUUCCUGGGACAGUUGUCCUUCCUGGAUCUCUGCCACUCCUCUGUCACUGUGCCCAAGCUGUUGGAGAACCUUCUGUCUGAGAAGAAAACCAUCUCAGUAGAGGGCUGCCUGGCUCAGGUCUUCUUUGUGUUUGCCACUGGGGGCACUGAAUCCUGCCUGCUUGCUGUCAUGGCCUAUGACCGCUAUGUUGCCAUCAGCUCCCCUUUGCUCUAUGGCCAGAUGAUGAACAGACAGCUGUGUAUGGGGCUGGUGUGGGGCUCAUGGAGCUUGGCUUUUCUGGAUGCUCUUAUCAAUAUCCUUGUAGCUCUCAAUUUAGACUUCUGUGAGGCUCAGAAUAUACACCACUUCAGCUGUGAGCUGCCAUCUCUCUACCCUUUGUCUUGCUCUGAUGUGUCUGCAAGUUUUACUGCCCUGCUCUGCUCCAGCCUCCUGCAUUUCUUUGGAAAUUUCUUCCUGAUAUUUUUCUCCUAUGUUCGCAUUUUAUCCACCAUCUUGAGGAUUAGCUCUACCACAGGCAGAAGCAAGGCCUUCUCCACCUGCUUCUCCCACCUCACUGCAGUGAUCUUCUUUUAUGGCUCAGGGUUACUCCGCUAUCUCAUGCCAAAUUCAGGAUCCACUCAAGAGUUAAUCUUCUCCUUGCAGUAUAGCGUGGUCACUCCUAUGCUGAAUCCUCUCAUCUACAGCCUGAAGAAUAAAGAGGUGAAAGCAGCUGUGAGAAGAAUUUUGAGAAAAUGUGUCUAG